AUGGGCCUCUGCUUGGCGCCGGCAAUGCUGCUGCUGUUGCUGGGGUCACCCAGCUCGGCCGCACGGAACCGAUGCUUGGACGCGGCCGAGGCGUGCACGGCGGACGCGCGGUGCCAGCGGCUGCGCACCGAAUACGUGGCUCAGUGCCUGGGUCGGGCCGCGUCCGGGGGCUGCCCCCGCGCCCGCUGCCGCCGCGCCCUGCGCCGCUUCUUCGCCCGCGGGCCGCCCGCGCUCACCCACGCGCUGCUCUUCUGCCCGUGCGUCAACGCCGCGUGCGCCGAGCGCCGGCGCCAGACCUUCGUGCCCGCCUGCGCCUUCGCGGGGCCCGGCCCGGCGCCGCCCUCCUGCCUCGCACCCUUAGACGCCUGCGAGCACAGCCGGAUCUGCCGGCCCCGCCUCCUGGCCUUCCAGGCCUCCUGCACGCCCGCCCCCAGCGCCCCCGACGGCUGCCUGCAGGAUCAGGCCCCCCGCUGCCUGCGUGCCUACGCGGGCCUCGUGGGGACCGCGGUCACUCCCAACUAUGUGGACAACGCGAGCGCGCGCGUGGCGCCCUGGUGCGAUUGCGGAGCCAGCGGAAACCGGCGUGAGGAGUGCGAAGCCUUCCGGGGGCUCUUCACCAGGAACCGCUGCUUGGAUGGUGCCAUACAGGCCUUUGAUGCUGGGUGGCCUCCAAUCCUGCAGGACCGGCCAGAUGUCCACCAGGAUCCUGAGCACAGCCUCCUGCAAGUGUCCUCUGCAGAUGGGCUCCUGGUUGGAAGCUCCCUGCUCUCCAUGCUCCCUGUCCUGGCUCUGCAGCCCCUGCUCUGA